AUGCAUGCCGGGCUUCUUGAAGACAGCAAAGGUGGCUGCGGCGUCCUGCGUCGCACAGGCGAGCAGAAGAAGUUCCCGGCAGUUGAUAGAAACGGCAUCUCGAGCGUGGAGUUUCCUUCUUACUUCCCUCUAUCGUUUACGUUCGACACCGGUCAGUCAUCAGAAGACGAUGAAUUCACCUGCCAGGAUCUCCGCUGGCCGCUCUUCACCUUCUCCGUGAUCGUAUCCACGAUAUUCUCUCUGGUUGUUACAUCACCAGCAGCAUUCUACGCUUCAAUCUUCUUCAUCGUCUACUUCCAAGUCGCCCUCUCCUCCGACCCUCCCUACUCCCCAGACUACUACGAGAUUGUCUCAAUCGGCCUUGGUCGCUUCCUCCCCUGCGCCUUCGUCGGUUUCGCAAUCUACUAUUUCUGCGUCCGCAAAACCCUAACCGACCUAACGGCCCACUGGGACAAGACUAUACUUUGGCUUGGUCCCUGCUGGGUCGGCGCCCUCAACACAGACACAUUCGAUAAAAUCCCCAUCUCCCGCCUGACUCCCCACGACAUCCAGCAGCAGCCCGGCGCCAUUCCGGCCUUGAUCACCAUCAUCGUCAUUCUAGUGGCAAUCGUCCUCACACAAGCCCUCGCCUUCCGCAAUGAGGGCCGCAUGCCGAAAAUGCUGGCACUCUAUGGUACACUUGUGGCAGGGAUAGUCGUCCUCCUUCUCGUGCCGAAGAUGAACCUCCGCAUCCACCACUACAUCCUCGCCCUGCUCUUCCUCCCCGGCACAACACUCCAAACCCGGCCGUCGUUAUUGUAUCAGGGAUUAUUGAUCGGCCUGUUCAUCAACGGCAUCGCUCGCUGGGGCUUCGACUCGAUCCUCCAGACAUCUGCGUCCCUUCUCGACGGCGCACAACUCGGCUCUAUAGUCCCCAACAUCACGCCGGAUAUCAUCACCGUCCCGUCUCCGGAUAUAAUCUCCUUCGCUUUUAGUUCCCUCGCAUCUCUCCCCUCUGACGUUGACGGCCUCAGCGUGCUCGUCAACGACGUUGAGCGCUUCCACGCGUUCCGAGGUGAUAGUAAUGGCGCUGUGGAUAUGAAGAUUCCCGACUGGAACUGGACCAGGGUUGUAACCGGGGACCCCGAGUAUUUCCGGUUCGGGUACAUGGUCGAAAAUGCGCUUGGUGGGUUCUAUUAUCAGGACUUCACGACGCCGGUUGUUUGGGAUGAGAGUGGGCAGUGGAAUGUUUCUGUCCCUGCGUCUGUUUCUGAAGGUGGUGACGGUGAUGGUUCGAAAUGA